CCACAUCCGUAAUUAAAAAGUAGCGCCCCACACGGCCAAUCCGCACACUGCUUGUGUUUACAGCCCUCCCCCACGCCACCGCCCCCCUGCGUGACGCGCAUGCGCAACAGCCGCUCAAGGCCGCCAUUUUGUGCGGAGCCUACUCUGCAAAAGCGGGAGAGGAUUAAAACUGCUGGAGGUGAAGGACGCAAUUUAACUCCGUCUCGUACUGAAGGAAGAACAAACCCUGGGCUUUCUAUCGAUUUCAACGCGAGAGUAAAUCACCAAACGCAGGUAUUACCCAUGGAAGGGGGACCGACUGAGGCAGUGGUGGAAGAUGCAGGUGAUGCUUUCAAGGCCAAGGAAUGUAAAACAUACCAAAGGCGACGAGAAGAUGAGGAAGUGGGUGAAUUGCUGCAGGCUGCUGGGUUAGAGCAAGCCCAGGCUGAAGGAGAGCAUGUGGUGGAAGCUGUCAACAGCAGUGUGGAGUUGAUGGUGAUGGACUCCCUGGACCCUGCCCUGCUCCAGAUGAAGACCGAAGUCAUGGAGGCUGCUGUUGGUGUGGCUGGUGCUGCCCAUGAAGCCACUGUCACCACCGUCGAUGAUACUCAGAUUAUCACCCUGCAGGUGGUGAACAUGGAGGAGCAGCAGUUGGGCUUGGGAGAGCUACAGCUGGUGCAGGUGCCUGUUUCAGCUGUGCCUGUCACUGCCGCCACUGUGGAAGAGUUGCAGGGGACGCUGGUGGAUGCCACUGGCAUGCCUAAAGAUGGGGAGCCGGUCAUCUGUCACACCCUGCCAUUGCCUGAGGGCUUCCAGGUGGUCAAAGUGGGUGCAAAUGGAGAAGUGGAAACUGUGGAGCAAGAUGAGCUCCAGGCCCAAGAUGAUCAGCCUUCACAUCAGGAGGAGGAGGAUAUGGUUGAGGCCCAAAAUGAAGACCCCGCCUGGUCCAAAGAUCCAGACUACACACCCCCUGUUAAAAAAGCCAAGAAGACAAAGAAAAGCAAGCUGCGUUAUAACACAGAGGGCGAUAAAGACAUGGACGUGUCUGUGUAUGACUUUGAGGAGGAGCAGCAGGAGGGACUGCUCUCUGAAGUCAAUGCUGAGAAAGUUGUGGGUAACAUGAAACCGCCCAAACCAACCAAAAUCAAGAAGAAAGGUGUUAAGAAGACAUUCCAGUGUGAGCUGUGCAGUUACACUUGCCCGCGCCGUUCCAAUCUGGACCGCCACAUGAAGAGCCACACAGAUGAGAGGCCUCACAAGUGCCAUCUUUGUGGACGAGCCUUCAGGACUGUGACGUUGCUGAGGAACCACCUCAACACCCACACCGGCACCAGACCACAUAAGUGCACUGACUGCGAUAUGGCCUUCGUCACCAGUGGAGAGCUGGUGCGACACCGACGCUACAAGCACACUCAUGAGAAGCCAUUCAAGUGCUCCAUGUGUGACUAUGCCAGUGUAGAGGUUAGCAAGCUGAAGCGCCACAUUCGCUCCCACACUGGAGAGCGUCCGUUCCAGUGCAGUCUGUGCAGUUAUGCUAGCAGAGAUACCUAUAAGCUGAAGAGACACAUGAGGACCCACUCAGGAGAGAAGCCCUAUGAGUGCUAUAUCUGUCAUGCACGUUUUACCCAGAGUGGUACCAUGAAGAUGCACAUACUGCAGAAGCACACAGAAAAUGUGGCAAAAUUUCACUGCCCCCACUGCGACACCGUUAUUGCCCGCAAGAGUGAUCUUGGUGUGCAUCUCCGUAAGCAGCAUUCCUACAUUGAGCAGGGCAGGAAGUGCCGUUACUGUGAUGCAGUGUUCCAUGAGCGCUACGCUCUCAUCCAGCAUCAGAAGUCCCACAAGAAUGAGAAACGCUUCAAGUGUGAUCAGUGUGACUAUGCAUGCCGUCAGGAGCGUCACAUGGUCAUGCACAAGCGCACCCAUACCGGGGAGAAGCCAUAUGCCUGCAGCCAAUGUGAGAAAACUUUCAGACAGAAACAGCUGCUGGACAUGCACUUUCGGCGCUAUCACGACCCCAAUUUUGUACCCACAUCCUUUGUAUGCACCAAGUGCGGCAAGACCUUCACUCGCAGGAAUACCAUGGCCAGACAUACAGAUAACUGCACUGGUAUGGAUUCUGGUGAUGGAGAGAAUGGAGCUCCACCCAAAAGGGGCCGAAAGAGGAAGAUGCGCUCUAGAAAGGAUGAUGAUGAUGAUGAUGAUGAUAGCGAUGAGCAUGGAGAUCCUGACCUUGAUGACAUUGAUGAAGAGGAAGAUGAGGAUCUUCUUGAUGAUGACCAGAUGGAUGUGGAACAGGCUCCACCCAGCGUUCCCAUCCCUGCGCCAGCUGAACCGCCUGUCAAGAGGAAACGUGGCAGACCCCCCAAGAAUGCACCCAAGGCUUCUCCUACCAAGUCCGUCGCCAAAACCACCACAGCAGCUGCUGCCAUUAUCCAGGUGGAGGAUGAAAGCACAGGGGCCAUUGAGAACAUCAUUGUGAAGAAGGAGCCUGAGGGUGUUGAUGCAGCUUUAGCUGCCCAGCCAGUGGUGGAGGAAGUGGAGGCUGUCGAGGCUGGUGUAGAAACAGUGCAGCUAGUCAUACCCGAAGCUGCGCCAAACGGUGAUCUUACUCCUGAAAUGAUCCUUAGCAUGAUGGACCGGUGAUCUGGGGAUACGUGUACAUGCACAGGCUGAUCACAAAUGCUUGCAUAAAUGCACAUCCCAAUAUUUGUCCCUCUAUUUUAUAUAUAUAUAUAUAUAUAUAUAU